AACGAGCAGCCUCGACGCGGCGGCGGCGGCGGCGGCGGCGGCGGCGAGGUGGCGGGUCUGGAGGACGUCGACGACUCCUGUACCGCGACGGUGACGUCGUCGGUACCCGGAGCCGGUGGCAUCCGCUCGCAUCGACGAAAUAGACCGCUCUCCCUGGCCGUGCAGCCUCUCAACUAUCACCGUCUGGACCCCGAUCCUCGACCACCGGCGCAGAUCGCCAUCAGGCACCAUCCCAACAUGACCAGCCAGGAGAGCAUCGGCAGCUGCAGCCUGGACGUCGAUCGCUCCGCGUCCGACCGAUCAGAGAACACUGUGGACUCCGUGUCCGAAAAGACUCUGCACAGUCUGAAUCUAUCUAACGGCGAGCCGAUAUCGUCACCCGAGAACUUGGCGAACGGUAGCAGCGAGACGCUGCAGAAGUCGCAUCUCACCCCCGAUGAGAAGAAGCUGAACGCCAGCAAUGCUCAACGCGGCAGUCCGGAACCGGAGCAGCUGACGGCAGCGAAGAAGCCUAGUUAUUUGGGACUAGCGUGCAGCAUAAGCGGCUACUCGGGAAUCACCAGGUACGACAGUAAAUUGAGGGAAGGAUUUCGCUCGAGAGAUAGCAGUCCCGGGACGAGGCUGAUCACGAGGGACACGAGCCCUGCAGGUUUCAGAUCCAACGAGAAUCUCAACGUUCCGACGCCCCAACAUCCGCCUAAGAGCCAGUCGAUAUCGCCAUUAGCAAUGGAGAGACAAAACGGAUUUACGAAUGGUGUGAAGGAGGAGUGCAAGAUCGAGACAUACAUGGAGAGUAGAAGUUCGAUUAGUAUGACAUGCCAAGGCUACUCGGAAGUCGACAAGGCGGUGUCUUUACACGCGGCCUUUCCCGAGCUCAGCCCCAUCAGAAUGAGCACUGCCGCCAACAAACGGAGCCCCGGAUUAUCCCCAAUGAUGUCCUGCGGUCAACAGAAUAAAUCCAUGGGUUUCUCCUCGCCGAAACAAGGAUUGUUGUCUUUCGUGGUAAGAGAUACAUGUGCGUUAGUCUCUUUUGUACUGUGUGUGAGUUCUGCUAUACACUUAAUAUAUUUUCUUCGGUUCAUUAUGUUUUCUCUGAGAAAUUUUCUGAUUAAUUUUUUUUUACUUUAUUUUUUUCGUUUUGUAGUUUCAGGUACAUCAUUUAGUGAUACUAGUAUUCUAAACGGCUCAUCAGUGGAAGUUGAGAGUCAAGUGAUAAACACCUCAUCAAGUAGCGAGAAAUCCUUCAUUCAACAGCGAGUGGAGCGUCUAUACGGUCCAGGUGCUCUAGCACAGGGUUUCUUCUUCAAACGCAGCACUGCUAAGAUAAACAUCAGUGACAGUAGUUUCAAUAAAUCCAGUAAUAACAAUGACAUUUCGACAGACAAUGCGAACGCGGAGGAAUCGUUGAAAAAUCUACCUGUCUUGCGACAUCUGCGCCCAGAGUUUCGAGCGCAGCUCCCUGUAGUCAGUAGUAGAAAGCCCACGGACGGUACAGAACAGGUCAUAAAGCCACUACAAAGGGUAACACCAGUGACGCGAAAAACCGAGCAGAAGAGCCCCCCGACUACAAAUUCACAAAAAAGCGUAAUGAGAAGAAUUCCGAUAAUCGUAGAGGGUGACGUACCACAGCGCGAUACUACUAGCAAAAGCAUACCCGAUCAGCAGCCAGCUGCGCCAAAAGUAGUAUUACCUGUGUUAGAACCUAGCGCUAGCUCGACGAACAUAGCGAAACAGAUUCAAGAAGCGGAAAAGGUCGAAGAAAAAGAUGGUCAUUAUUUUAUGAAGUUAUUGAAACAAGAGACAGAUAGACUGCUGUCAUUGGCCGCGUCUGCAGAAGCCGAAUUAGCCGGCGGCGAUACUGUUGCACUGCCAGAAGAAGCAGCGGGUAAGCUGCGAUCUGCCGCAGGAAAGGCCCGAUUAUUAACCUCGCAGAAAAUGCAGCAGUUUGAAGGAUUAUGUCAAAAGAAUAUUAAUCAGGUGCCGGGCGAAGAAUUUCCAACGACAAACGAGGAUUUGGCUGGUUUUUGGGACAUGGUGAUGCUACAAGUUGUCCAAGUUAAUGAACUUUUUGAUCAAAUAGAAAAACUGAGGAAAUCGCAAUGGCAGGAGAUCGUGCCAGACAAGAAAGCCGCGUCAGCUUCGCAACAGAACGGUAAACGCCGAGUCAUAUCAGUCCACAAAGCGAAGCCAACCGCGAACAGCGAGGCGAACAAAAAGGCGCGCGAGGCGAGAGAGCAGGCGCGACGACAAAUGAUUGAGGAACGGAGACGAGCGAUGCGCUCCAACGCGCAAAAUGCCGACAGUUCCGUCGAGAUUUUUGCUCCUGAAACGUAACGAUAAACCAUUAAGUCGGAGCUUGAAUGUGCGAUAUAAUCGAUCAGCAUUGCGGCUCCUAAGGAAUAUUAGCGUGUAUAGACCGUCAGCUCGAAUGGGAGAAAGAGAAAGAGAAGACGAGCUUGUGCCCGAGAGCUUGGCUACGUAAUCAGCUUCGACAAAAAAAUCAAAUUCGCUUGUUACAAUUAUUCACAGAUAUUAUCCUUCGUGCGUACGCGCGCCAAUCGCACGCAAAUUAUACGCGGCAAAGAACAGGAAAGUAUUAAGCAGAUAGAUCGUGUAAUAUGUGUUGAACUUGCUGAAAAUUUAAUACUACUAUAAGUAAGAAAGAGGAUAUACACACAUGAGUUGACGAAGAGCAAGCAUUUAUGUUUCACUCUAUCAUUUUUUUUCAUCGAGCUUCGAUUAUAUAUCACGGAGUAUUCUAGCGCAAUAACGCGAUACUGCAACGAUGUAUCGUCUGUUGUCCAUAGAGAUAUUUUAUAAAUGAAAAGUGAAAUAUUUACUGUAGCACUUUACCGAAUUGAUUUUCUACGUUACAUGUCUCCGGACGGACAUUAUUAACUUAUAUUUAUAAUUAUUAUAAGUGAUGGUUAGUCGUGUGGGGCAGUAAGUUAAAAACGACUGGCGACUGAAGAACGAACGUGGUCCCGCAAGAAUUCUCCCUAAUAGAAAUCAGUCGCACUUUCAAAGUCAAAAAAUGUGUCUAGGUUAAGGAUAAAGAAAAUGAUGAGAAUUUGUAACAUAUAUAAUGAUUUGAUACAUAUAUAUAACAAUUUCUGACGCAAAUGCAUUAUUUACUAAUUUACUUGGAAUAGAUUUCGUUUCGGUGUAUUCGCUAUUUUCCUUAACCUAGACAGACAGUUUAUUACGUAGUUUAUAUAUGUAAAUAGAAUUAAUGAAUAUUCACAUUUGCACAAGGCCGAUUUCACGCCGAGUGUUCGCCUAAUAGCUUUUUCUAUCAAACGUCGAUAAAGUUUCUUCGUUGAGAGGUGUUGUCAACAGCAGAUAGGAGUAAAAAGAUUCCUAUUAUUCUUAUUAUAUAUUGCGCGUCUCACACGGCGAUAAAUAUUAUUUUAUUAAUUAUCGUUUUAAUUAUGAUCAUGUGCAGUUACAUCCCCUGUCUCCCGCGUGAAACGUGGACAUAUAAAUUAAUCCCGCUCUCUUCAACAAUGCUCUCAGCGAUGUGAUGUCUCCAGGUUUCGCGCGCGAGACUUAGCGCGCCAGGGGCACUCGAUGGCUCACAUACUUUUUGACUACUCGUAAGGUGAUCGUAUUUGAUAAAUCGUUGAUUGCACAUAACUCGAAAUAUUUAUCGGAGAAAAGGAGAGGGAUACAUCGGAUGCGAAUGUGUGACAGCUGAGUUGGUAUUGUCUUCAUUAUCGCGAUGGAUCUCCGCGACGAGAAUCCGACUGUGAUUGACGUACGCGUCAUCCGCUGUCGCAUCCGUCGAAUUUGACAUUCCUGCGACAAGAGUAUCUCUCAUUACACGUCACACUUUUUUUUCGCGUAGUUGUACGAUAGAGUGUUACUCCUCGGCGUCCAAUCAAUGGUCAGCGGUUCUAACAGCGAAUCGUCAACCAAAUAACACUCAUAC